AUGGCUUCAUUUCUCCUCCCAGUUGCUGCAGUUACUCUUGUUCUUUUCGUUCUGUCCCCCGUUUCUAGUGUCGCCGCCCCUAUCCUAGACACGGACGGCGACCUAGUCAAAAACGGGGGAAGCUACUACAUCAUCCCACGCUUAAUAGGCGUUGGUGGCCUAGCCUUGACAAAAGGUAACUCGUCGUCACCAUGCCCUCUUUUUAUCACCCAAAAACUCUACUCUAACGGCUUACCCGUAUUAAUGUCUUCCCCUUUGAAAAUUGGGUUUCUUAUGACCUCUAUGCCUAUUGAAUUUUACUUUAAUCGUGAGUAUGCCACUUGCAACAAAGAGUUACGUUGGUGGGUAGCCGAAGAAGACGAAAACAAUAACUCGUACGUUGUUGUUGGUGCUGAUGGUAAAUUUAAGGACACUUAUGCAUUCAAAAUUGAAGAAGCUAAAACUGUCGUCCCUGAUUCUCCUUAUCCUGUUACUUUCGUGAAAGCUGAUCCUAAGUUAGCUUCUUAUGUUUAA